AUGGCCGAGUAUACCUCCGACGCGAACGUCGAGCUCGCCUACACCACCCUCCAGAACACCUUCAAAUCAGGCAAGACCAAGGAGAUUGCCUGGCGCAAAUGGCAGCUCAAGCAGAUCUGGUGGCUCGUCGACGACAACCAGACUCUUAUCCACGAUGCCUUAAAAAAGGAUCUCAACCGUCACCCCUUCGAAACGACCCUGGUCGAGUGCUCGAACGUGAAGGAAGAUCUAAUCAACCACCUCAAGAACAUCGACAACUGGACCGCCGACCAGAAACCCAAUGCCGGGAUGAUGGGUCUCCUGCUUCGACCGACCGUGCGUCCUGAGCCGCUGGGCGUUGCUCUCAUCAUCGGACCGUGGAACUUCCCCUUCUCGCUCAUGGUCCAGCCGCUCAUUGCUGCGAUUACCGCCGGCUGCGCGGCGAUGCUCAAGCCGUCCGAGGUCACGACUUCUGUCCAGCAGCUCUUCGUCGACCUUGUCCCGAAGUACCUCGACCCAAGCGCCGUCCGCGUCGUUACCGGCGGUCCAGCUGAAACAGGCCGUCUGCUUCAGCGCAAGUUCGACCAUAUCUUCUUCACCGGGUCCGCUCCUGUCGCGCGCCAUAUCGCUGCCGCGGCCGCGAAGCAUCUCACUCCGACUGUGUUCGAAUUGGGUGGACAGUGCCCGGCGAUUGUGACGAGUUCGGCAGAUAUUGACGCUGCGGCGAAGGAUAUUGCGUGGAUCAAAUACCUCAAUGCCGGUCAGAUCUGUCUCUCGGUUAACCAUGUCUUUGUUCAUGGUUCGGUUGAGAGGAGGCUCAUCGAGCGCAUGGCGUUUUGGCUUGAUCGGUUCAAUAAGGGGGAUCCGGACUCCAUGACGCAUAUCAUCAACGAUAGGAACUACACGCGGUUGAAGGAAAUGGCGGAGAAGACAAAGGGCAAGGUCGAGCUGGAUGGGACACCUGAUGCCAAAGCCCGCAGUUUGCCAGUGAGCGUCGUGAGCAACGUGGAGUUGACGGACCCCCUGCUCUCUGAGGAACUCUUUGGCACUAUUUGUCCUGUUAUCAAGGGUUCGACGGACGAUGCUAUCGAGUCGAUAAACAGCCUGCCUCGCCCUCUAGCGCUCUACAUCUUCAGUCAAGAUCAGACCGAGGUUGAGCAUAUUAUAUCCUCCACCAUCUCCGGCGGCGUCUGCGUCAACGGCGUCCUCGUCCAUGCAACGGUCCCUAAUGCCCCCUUUGGCGGCGUCGGUGAAUCCGGCCACGGCGCCUACCACGGCGACUACGGCUUCAAAGCCUUCACACACUACCGCACAAUCGCCCGUCCAACGCCCUUCUUCUUCAGAAUGAGCGACUGGAUGCGUCCACCCUACUCGGUCAACGACAUCAAGAAACUCUCCGUCCGGAACAGCGUCGGUAUCAAGAGGAACUGGAGUCUGGAGCAGGAAAGGGAAGCCGUCAAACGAGGUCUGCUCCUUGCAAGGCUCCUGAGAUACGCUAGGUUUCUGGCGUACUUUGUGCUUUUGCUCGGACUUGCUGAUGUUGGUUUAGAUCGGCGGAUGGGUGUACUUAGAGGUGUGAGGGAUCUUUUUGUUGAGGUUAGGUCGUUUCUUUAG